GUGAACGAGCCUCCAUCGUCCGUGACAAUUACCUUUCAUCUUUCCUCCGAGUGCCAAAACCUAACCAAGGAUAAAAACACAAGGGGAUAAGAUGUCAGGAAUGAACCAGGUGGUUGCAACAUGCUGGACUUGCCUCCUGCUCUCGGCUUUCCUGUGUGAGCCUGUGCUGUCCAAGGGCGGUCGUGGAGGGUCCCGGGGCUCCUCUCGGGGCUCCCACUCCCGCAGCUCCACAGCGGGGAGUUACCGGGGAGGAGGCGCCUAUGGUGGGACCCGCUCUCGCCUCAGGGUGGCAGGGCGGUCGUCCCCUGUUAGGGUGGCAAGUGCAGCAGCAGCAGGGGCAGCGGUGGCGGUGGCGCUAACAGCGGAUAAAUGGUAUGCUUCUGCCUACCGCCGCAGCAAAGCCGACAGCUCAGACGAAGAGCUGGAUUACUACAACAGGACCAAUUACUUUGAUGCACUAAUGUCAGGCUCAACUCAAAAUGGAUCUUCUCUCUCUCAACUGUUUUCUAUCAUUAUUGCAACGUUUUCCCCCAAAUAUGGACUCUUACUGGACAGUAUACUGUAAAUGUUCUAAGUUAUAUUUUCAGAUUAAAUCCCUAAUUCGGUCUAGGACCAAGCUUCUGCCCUGGAUCUGACUAUAAUAUGCAGGACUGGCGGGAACCUUCACUGGGAAGAUCGGUUAGAGGUGCAACACCAAGAACACAACAAUCACAAAAACAAAAAAAAAACCCUGUACUGUAUGUUUUUACACAUAAUAAUCAUCUAUCUAUACCAAUGGACAAAUGUACAUUACCAGCACAGUAUUCAACGUGACGUUUCGUCUCUCAGAGUGCACCUUUGUCAAAUCUACAUGUCUGUCUGUGUGACCGAAACUGGAGCUGAACUCAAGAAUAAUCAGAAUUAGUUUCCCUAGAGCUUGAUUCUUAUGUCCAAUUGAAGAAAAAUCCCACUAGCCCUCAUAAGAGCGGCCAGUUUUAACUGUACUGCCAAACCCAGUUGUAUCUUGAAAAUAUAAAUUUUCAUAAUAUGCACAAAAGAUGCAAAGUGAAUGACUGCUCAGUACAACUUUAGUAAAUUAUUUGUAUGUUAUUGGUAGACUCUAAAUAUGAAGCCUGAAGUUUAUAUGUUAUCGUUCUAUGAAGUUCUCUAAUUAAAAGAGUAAAAGCACCAAACAGCGUUAUUCUGCCCAUGAAAUUAAAACUGCCUUAUUAUUAUUUUGUAAUUCUUCAAUUGGACUUUUAACUUUUAGAAGAAAAAUAAGUCAAAUCUCUUUUUACUCCAUUCUUUGUGCUGAACUUAAUUACAAGACUGGCUUUAAGGAUCUUGCUCAGUGAUCCGAAUGAUGCAAACAAGUGUAUUGUGUAUUGGGAAAGCUAAACUGCAUUUUCCACAAUCUGUGCAAAACAUUCCCUUUUGUAACACCUGAGAUUUAGCUAAUUUAUUUCUCAGACCUGUGCACGAACCAUGUCACGGCUGGGAGGGACGCUAGAAAUCAAACUACUGCUGCUCUCACUGUUACUCGUGUCUCAGAAGGUUUGUCUGUCCGUCAUCCCAGAAGAGCUUUUUACCUGCAGUAGACACUCAGGUGCAACAGACUGUUCCAUAUCUAUAAGUGCACUCUAUUAUAUGCUACAACACUUAUGUACAUAAUAAAUAGUUUGUUAUGACUGUCUUUAUGCUAAUAAAUAUCAUGUUUA